GGCAGAACCAGCCUGAGCUGCACCCCCAGCCCUCGGGGGGCUCCGAUGGUAGAACCACCCUGGCUGCACCCCCAGCCCUCGGGGGGCACCGAUGGCAGAACCACCCUGGCUGCACCCCCAGCCCUCGGGGGGCACCGAUGGCAGAACCACCCUGGCUGCACCCCCAGCCCUCGGGGGGCACCGAUGGCAGAACCACCCUGGCUGCACCCCCAGCCCUCGGGGGGCACCGAUGGCAGAACCACCCUGGCUGCACCCCCAGCCCUCGGGGGGCACCGAUGGCAGAACCACCCUGGCUGCACCCCCAGCCCUCGGGGGGCACCGAUGGCAGAACCACCCUGGCUGCACCCCCAGCCCUCGGGGGGCACCGAUGGCAGAACCACCCUGGCUGCACCCCCAGCCCUCGGGGGGCACCGAUGGCAGAACCACCCUGGCUGCACCCCCAGCCCUCGGGGGGCACCGAUGGCAGAACCACCCUGGCUGCACCCCCAGCCCUCGGGGGGCACCGAUGGCAGAACCACCCUGGCUGCACCCCCAGCCCUCGGGGGGCACCGAUGGCAGAACCACCCUGGCUGCACCCCCAGCCCUCGGGGGGCACCGAUGGCAGAACCACCCUGGCUGCACCCCCAGCCCUCGGGGGGCACCGAUGGCAGAACCACCCUGGCUGCACCCCCAGCCCUCGGGGGGCACCGAUGGCAGAACCACCCUGGCUGCACCCCCAGCCCAAGGGGAACCGAUGGCAGAACCACCCUGGCUGCACCCCCAGCCCAAGGGGAACCGAUGGCAGAACCACCCUGAGCUGCACCCCCAGCCCUCGGGGGACACCGAUGGCAGAACCACCCUGACCUGCACCCCCAGCCCAAGGGGCUCCGAUGGCAGAACCACCCUGGCUGCACCCCCAGCCCAAGGGGGGCACCGAUGGCAGAACCAGCCUGGCUGCACCCGCAGCACAAGGGGAACCGAUGGCAGAACCAGCCUGAGCUGCACCCCCAGCCCUCGGGGGGCUCCGAUGGUAGAACCACCCUGGCUGCACCCCCAGCCCUCGGGGGGCUCCGAUGGCAGAACCACCCUGGCUGCACCCCCAGCCCAAGGGGCACCGAUGGCAGAACCACCCUGGCUGCACCCCCAGCCCAAGGGGCACCGAUGGCAGAACCACCCUGGCUGCACCCCCAGCCCAAGGGGCACCGAUGGCAGAACCACCCUGGCUGCACCCCCAGCCCAAGGGGCACCGAUGGCAGAACCACCCUGGCUGCACCCCCAGCCCAAGGGGCACCGAUGGCAGAACCACCCUGGCUGCACCCCCAGCCCAAGGGGCACCGAUGGCAGAACCACCCUGGCUGCACCCCCAGCCCAAGGGGCACCGAUGGCAGAACCACCCUGGCUGCACCCCCAGCCCAAGGGGCACCGAUGGCAGAACCACCCUGGCUGCACCCCCAGCCCAAGGGGCACCGAUGGCAGAACCACCCUGGCUGCACCCCCAGCCCAAGGGGGGCACCGAUGGCAGAACCAGCCUGGCUGCACCCGCAGCACAAGGGGAACCGAUGGCAGAACCAGCCUGAGCUGCACCCCCAGCCCUCGGGGGGCUCCGAUGGUAGAACCACCCUGGCUGCACCCCCAGCCCUCGGGGGGCUCCGAUGGCAGAACCACCCUGGCUGCACCCCCAGCCCAAGGGGCACCGAUGGCAGAACCACCCUGGCUGCACCCCCAGCCCUCGGGGGGCACCGAUGGCAGAACCACCCUGGCUGCACCCCCAGCCCAAGGGGCACCGAUGGCAGAACCACCCUGGCUGCACCCCCAGCCCAAGGGGCACCGAUGGCAGAACCACCCUGGCUGCACCCCCAGCCCAAGGGGCACCGAUGGCAGAACCACCCUGGCUGCACCCCCAGCCCAAGGGGCACCGAUGGCAGAACCACCCUGGCUGCACCCCCAGCCCAAGGGGCACCGAUGGCAGAACCACCCUGGCUGCACCCCCAGCCCAAGGGGCACCGAUGGCAGAACCACCCUGGCUGCACCCCCAGCCCAAGGGGCACCGAUGGCAGAACCACCCUGGCUGCACCCCCAGCCCAAGGGGAACCGAUGGCAGAACCAGCCUGAGCUGCACCCCCAGCCCUCGGGGGGCUCCGAUGGUAGAACCACCCUGGCUGCACCCCCAGCCCUCGGGGGGCACCGAUGGCAGAACCACCCUGGCUGCACCCCCAGCCCAAGGGGAACCGAUGGCAGAACCAGCCUGAGCUGCACCCCCAGCCCAAGGGGGGCUCCGAUGGCAGAACCAGCCUGGCUGCACCCCCAGCCCUCGGGGGGAACACCCAGCGCUGGCACCAUCGGCGGAGGAGCUGCCCAGACCCGCCCGCCCGGCGCUGGCAGGAAUUCCCCGGCAGAGCUGCUGUGCCCGGCGCAUUUCUUGCUAAAGGAGGGAUGGGUUUCGCCGGGAAAGGAUGGUCCAAGGGCAGCAUCCCCCCCCGGCCAGCCCAGAUCCGCACCCAGCCUAAAAAUAAGGAGCAUCCAGGAUUGGGGUCCCGUGGUGAUCCUUCCUUGCCAAGCAGCCAGCAUUUUCCUUGCCAAAGAAGUGCCCUUUUUGGCUCUUUGCCGAUAUUUUGGUGUUUUCCGAGGUGUUCUGGCUCGGCUGGCUUCAUCCCGUGUUGCUCCCCACCGUCCCAAGAUCCACCCCGUGCUUGGAGAUGUUUGGACAUGACCAGGAUGGGACGUUCAGCAGAACCAGCUUU